AUGAUGUCAACUGAAGAAGAAAUGGAAUAUCAGUCUUUUACGUCUCCAUCUGUCGAUGCUCCGAUUUCUUCUACUCGUCGUUCAAUAGCUCGAAGACGUGGUCGUAGUUUAAAUUCUCCUCAUGUUCAAAGUCUCGACCGUAAUUCGAAUCGUGCCACUUCCACACCGAGACCAACUCGUCAUAGUGGUCAUAAUUCAAAUCAAUCAUCAAUUCCCACAAACGAAAAAAACGAAAAUGUUACUACUUCUGUUCUUUCACCUAUUUCUCCAUCCAAUCCACAGCAUCGUUCUCAAUCACCAGCUCCAGCGUUGCCUUUCGACUGUCCAUCGGAUGAAGAACAAAAUCAAAAUCAGAACAUGCAUAUUGCAACUAGAUCGGGUAAAAUGAAGAAGGAUACAAUUUUAUCGUAUUUCACUAUACGAUCAGAUGGUCGAUACGACUGCAAUAAUUGCCAUCAGCCGUACAUGGCAUAUAAUGGAUCAGCAACUAAUCUACGACGUCAUCUCUUCAUAAAACACGAUAUUGCUGCUGCUGUUUAUGAUUCACAAUUACUUCAAAUCAAACAAAAAAAACCUGAUGUAUCGAACGAUGUGUUACCAACUCUUCCAAAGAUUCGUCAAAAACAACUAGAUAAAGCAAUUGUUGAUUGUGUCAUUGACGAUUCGCUUCCAUUUACCACAUUCACAAAAUCAGGCAUGACUCUACUAAAACGUGCACCGGGUGUUGCUUUUACAGCUGAUAUAUGGAAAAGUGGAGCCCGGAAAUAUUAUAUUUCAUUAACAGCUCAUUUAUUCGAUAAAGAUUUUGAAGUUGUACCACGCGUCUUAUCUUUGCGACAAUUCACUGAACGUCAUCUCGCCGUCAAUAUUCAAUCAUUUAUUAAAUUUGAACGUGAUGAAAAAUUUCAAAUUAUGCCUAAGCAGCGAGCGGGAAUCACGACGGAUUGUGGACGUGAUAUGGUUGCAGCAACACCAAAUGGUUUAUUUGGUCCACGAUACGCUUGUAUUGCACACGUAUGGAACAAUGUCGUCAAAAAUGGUCUUUGUCUAUGGUCGCCACCGAAUUCCACAAAAUUUCCAAUCGAUGAAGGCAAUGUCGAUGUUAAUGAAUCAAUUCAAAGUGUUGGUGGCGAUGAGGAUGAUUUGCUAGACGAUGAAGAACAACAAGCAGAUCAAUCGGGUGAUGAUGAAACACAAGAAAAUAAUGAUAUGACUACAUCUCCAUUUGAUCAAAUUCAAACGACGGCAGUAACAACUGUAGUGCACAACAAGAAAAUAAUCCAACCGAUUCAGGACGAAUUCUUAAGCGACGACGAUGAACCAGCUAUGAUUCAACCAGAAACUCGGCUUAUUACUCUUAUUGGUCUUCUUGAACGUACAUUAAAUCUUCUCAAUCGAUGUCGUCAAUUGGUUCAUGAUAUGCGCAAUAUUGGUGUUGUCCGAGCAUUUAUAUUGACGGAAAUCGGGGGAAAAGGACGUGGUUUUACAUUAGAUAUGGAAAUUCGAUGGAACACAACGUUUCAAAUGGUUGACCGUCUACUUGAACGUCAAAUUCUUAUUGAUACUGUUGUUCGGCGAAAAUUCGAUGGUCUAGCUAUCGCCCAAACGAAUAGAUUAAAAUUGGCUGCACUUACUCCAGAUGACUGGGAUGUGCUCCGUGCUCUUCAUCAUGUGUUAAUGGGCUUUGAUAUUGCAACAACAAUAAUCUCAGCUAGUCAUUAUCCUACUUUAUCUGAUUCUUUUUGGGCAAUUACCAAACUUCGUCAAAUUUUAAUUUCCAACCAAGAUAAUUCUCGUUACACCGAGGUGCUGAAAAAAAGUGCAUUGAAUUACCUCGAUAUUUAUAUACAGAAACAUUUAUCCAAGGAACAACAAGAAGGAAUGCUCAUAGCGGCUUUUCUUGACCCAGAAACACACAACGAUUUGAGCGAAAAUGAUUUAACUAAAGCGAUGGAAAUUGUGAAGCAAAAGAUCAAGAAAAUGCCGAUAACUGCAUCAACUACAACAACUACAUCAUCUCUUUCAUCGUCAUUAUCUCCACCUCAUCCAGUUCUCUUUAAGAAACAUUCUGCCAAACAGCUGAUGAAUCGAUUGGCUGGAAUCGAUACACACCAGUCCAGUGUUAAAUCAAUGAGCGCUGAUGUUGAGGUUUCUUUCUUUACAAAUGCAAUAAAAACAAAAGAAAAUUUCAAACAAUUUUGGUCUACUCAUCGUCACUCAUUUCCACGUCUUGUAACAUUAGUUCAUCGUUACUGCUUGGUGCCCGCAACGUCAGUCGCAAGUGAAUCCGCUUUUUCAAUCGCAGGGUUUGUCGCACGCAAGCAAUGUUCAUCAUUAUCAUCUCGUGCUUUACGUCAUCUAUUGGUCCUCAAAUACCGAAAAAACUUGAUCAAGUUUCAAAUCGAAGAUGAGCAGCCUCUAAUCCAAAAUCGUCAAUUUCAAUCGUUGUCUCUCGAUGGUGCUGGAUCAUCUUCUGUUUAA